AUUGAUUAUUAGCAAUAGAAGAAACAUCUUGAAAAAUGGCACUCAUCCAAGCAACCCUCUUCACAUUUGCUUUGCUAUUGUCCUCGAGUUAUGCCGCUACAAUUGUGAUUAAAAAUAAUUGUAGACAUACGAUAUGGCCCGCAACAUUAACUAGUGGUAGCGGACAAAGCCAAUUAUCUGCCACUGGAUUUGGAUUAGCUUCUGGAGAGAAUGAGAUUAUAAAUGUUCCUACACCAUGGACUGGUAGAAUUUGGGCUCGAAGAGGUUGCACCAUAGAUGACUCUUCGAGGUUUUCUUGUGAAACUGGAGAUUGUGCCACUGGCUCUGUAUUUUGCAAUGGCUCUGGAGGAAUUCCACCAGCUACGUUAGCUGAAUUCACAUUAGCUCAAAAUGGAGGCACAGAUUUCUACGAUAUCAGCCUCGUUGACGGCUUCAACUUACCUGCUUCCAUAACUCCAAAUGGUGGAACAGGGCAAUGUGUAUCACCCAAAUGUUCUUCAGAUGUGAAUAUGGUGUGUCCAUCGGAUUUGAUUGUCCAGGGGAAAAAUGGAGUUAUUGGCUGUAAGAGUUCGUGUCUCGCAUAUAACCGACCAGAGGAUUGUUGCACAGCUGAAUUUAAUGACCCAAAAAUAUGUCAACCUGGCAUCUCUGCUAAGAUCUUCGAGGAAGAAUGCCCCCAAGCUUACAGCUAUGCUUAUGACGACGAAAAUAGCACUUUUACAUGCAGUAGUACAACCAGCUAUGAUGUUACCUUUUGUCCAUGA